ACCGGAAGUGAUUGGUGUGCAUGCGCACUAGUAGGUUCUUUUUAGUGAGGCACGUCCUGUGUUGGAAGGGCAUCUUUGCUUUAUACCAGCAUGCUUGGCAAAGUAAUUGGACAGAAAUAUGUAGCCAUUGCUAAGUCAUGGUUACCCACUAUGGCUGUUUGGGGCACAACAGGAGGUGUAGCCCUGGUCUACUUAACAGACUGGAGGCUGAUUUUGGAUUAUGUUCCUUACAUCAAUGGCAAAUUCAAAAAGGAUGACUAAAAGAGGUGUGAGAUUACUUUUUUUUAGGUCUCAGAUUUCGGACACAAUCCCAUAUUUGGUCUCCUGAUGAGGAAGUUUGCAGGAUUCCAUCGUCUUCAUCCAGCUCCUCACUCAACGUUAAACUGUUUAUUAACAUUUGCCAAAAUGUUUUUGCCAUCGGAUGUUUAAUAAUCGUCUGCUGUUGUCAACAUGGAUGAAAAAAAAGGAAAAUAAACUACAGACAUGAUUCUGCUUCUUCUGACUGCUUGGUGUGAGAUCUGCUGUUUAUUUAGCUGACCUGUGUUACACGGGUUACAUUUGUUUCCUGGUUUUCAUACAAAAUUAAAAUGAUUACAUUUA